CGCGCGGCCGCGUGGUGGAAAAGUGCGUGGAGACGUUUCGGUAAACACUCGAUUUCGUCACGGCCGGCCGUGACGUCAUCAGCCCGUCCUCGUGGCGCGAGACUGACGCUGCUAUUCGCGCGACAUCAUCCUCAUCAUCCUCAUCACCGCCAUCCUCCUCAUCAUCACACACGCACGCACGCACACGCACGCACCGUGCGUGCGCGUUCCUUUGGUUGGUCCUGCUGAAGGAAGGACACAAGGAAGGAAGGAAGGAUCAUUUUGUCCACGGACGUGCACGCGUCUUGCACGCGGCCAUGGCGCCCAGGUUCGCGGGAGAGCGUUGAGGCCGAGCGCCAUGCAGUCUCUCUUCGGUGGCGAGCUGGGGCUGCUAGGAGGGGCCGGCGACGGCGGGGGCCUGAAGGAGGACGGCGUGGCGUGGCGCUCGCCGCCCCUGCCCGCCGACGACGUCUACUCGGCCUCCCACUUCGCCCUGAUCGCCGCCUACCAGGACAUCAAGACCCGGCUGGGCGGCCUGGAGCGCGAGAACAGCAGCAUCAAGCGGAAGCUGAAAAUCUACGAGAUCAAGUUCCCGAUGAUCAGCGAGUUCGGCGAGGACAGCAACUCGUACUGUUCCUUCGAGAGCAAGGAGACGGCGCUGCUGCACUCGGAGAACGACAGCCUGCAGCAGAGAGUCAACAUGAUGUCACACGAGCUGCAGAAGAGGAAGGAGCGAGAGGAGCAGCUGGAGGAUGUCAUCCAGGCCUACGAGAAGAUCCACAUGGAGAAAGGAAACCUCCAGAGGGACCUGGACAAGAUGUCGGGCCUGGUGGAGAAGCACGUGGAGCGCAUCCUUGGCUUGGAGUCUGCACUCAGGCAGCGAGACAAUUCUCUACACAAACUCAACAUGCACCUGCACAGCAAGGACAUGCAGUACUUGCAGCUGCACGCUGGUGCUGAUACACACAUGCUGGACUGUCCCGCCAUGACGCUGCAGAGCUCGCGCAGCCUGGACACGCUGUCCGACCUGAAGGUGCAGCGGCUGGAGGCGGAGCUAGAGGGGGCCCGCCACGAGGCCCAGGGGGCAUGCCAGCGGGAGGAGGAGCUCAAGGCGCAGUGCGAGCGCCUGAAGGAGGAGCUGAGGCAGCUGCAGGGCGGCCAGCGAGACAGGGAAAUGUCGUCGCCGUGCAAGCAGUGCGACGUGGAGUGGAUCAAGAAGGUGGGAGACGAGCAGGUGAACUUGGCGCUGGCCUACACGGAGCUGACGGAGGAGUUGGGUCGCCUGCGAGCGCUGAGCUCCAAGCAGACUGAGAUCCUGAGGAAGGCGUCCCAGGACUCUGCUGGUCCGGUCCAGCUGCACUCUCCCAUCCAUCACCAGCGCCACUCGCCAGGAUCUCAGCGCCACUCGCCCAUCUCGCAGCGCCACUCCCCGGCUCCGCCCCCUCCUCACCACUCGCCCAUCCAGCAGCGGCGCUCCCCGGUGUUGCAGCGUCUGUCCCCCGACACGCACCGGCGCUCCCCCCUGCUGGACAUGGGCGACGGGCCGGCCUCGUACUCCUGCCGCCCGCCCAGCCAGCACCUGCGGGCCAGCUUCCAGGGCCGCCGCAGCUACUCGGAGGUGACCGACCCUUCGGCGUACCACUGCCCGCCGCGCUUCUCCCUGGACCCGGUGUCCACCCUCCCCAAGCCCCGCCCUUUUGUGGAGGGCUACUCCAAACAGACGCAGCAGCAGCACUCGUCUCAUCAGCACAGGGGGGCGUCGUCGCCUCACCAAGACUCCCGAGAGACGCCCUUUCCUCUCUCCGAGGUGGCCCACCUGCGCUUCGAGCCGCCCCCGUGCUCCGCACCGGCCCCGCAGCCGCUGCAGUCGUCCGAGGACGAGGAGGAGUGGACCUGUCCGCACCCCAUCAGCCCGCCCAGGACGCUGGGGGUGCUCACCUCUGCCGUGCCCGGCGGCGCCAUGAGGGGUCCGGCUUCCUGCUCGGCCUUCCCCGCCUCCGCCCAGUGCCCCAACGCCAUGGGCUGCCGCCCCCAGCCCGGCUACAUAUCUGCCGAGCACGCUCAGUCCUGGCCGUCCAUCAACCUCUGGAUGGAGACGGAGGAGAGCGACGUGCGCAGCUGCCCCCUGUGCCAGCUGAUGUUCCCGGUCGGUUACCCUGACGAUGCCCUCAUCAAGCACAUUGACUCCCACUUGGAGAACAGCAAGAUCUGAUCGCCGCGGCAACCGGAGGUUGGAAGGAUGGGGGAAUGGAGCGGAGAGACGGCCGCUUUGUAAAGAACCGCUGCACGGGUCCACCUUGGCGUCGUGAGUCUCGUCCACGUGCUUUUUUUGUUUGCUUUCUCCUUUCCUUUCGCUUCCCUUCUUGUAUCCGACACGCUCGCGGCUCCGCAUGCGGCUGUGGGCCCCCGGGCGCCGUCACGCUUCCAGCCUGAGAGACUCUCGCCCCGGAAAAACCAGGACCCCCCCCCCCCCCCGAACGGAGACAGGAAGCGUGCGUUUCCACGGCAACUCGAGCAUGGCGGGGGACAUUGCCACCUUUUUAUGCUUGCUCUCCUAAUGUAGUUUAGCACUUUAUGCUGGCUCACACCACGAGCCGAACGAGGACAUUUUUUUUUUGUCACGCCCUGUAGAUAAACACUUGAGUCUUCCUCAAGCCAGUACGCCACAUGGACAAAAGUAUCGGGACACCACGUGUAAUCAAUCAACGACAACUCAACAAGUCUCUCGACCAGUUUUAGGUUAAGACUAGAGAUGUUGGCCCUGCGACUUGUCCAGGCUGUACCCCCCUGAAGGGAAUAAGCGGUAGAAAAUUGAUGGAUGGAUGGAUGGACUAGAGAUGUUUUAAUGUGUGUGUGUGUGGGGGGAAUACAAUUAGUGCAUGGAAUACCAAAACAGUCAUGAAAUGCUUUAAUAAAUCAUGACAUGAUGAAUUAAUUGAGUUCUAAAAAAACUAAUCAUCAAAUAAUUAAAUUAAUCAUUAACUCAUGAGUUAAAUAAUUAGUGAGAUAAUUAAAAAAAUGUGAAAUUAUUAAAUAUUUAAUUAAAUAAUUACAUGUAAUUAAUUCACAAUUUAAAUAUUUGACUGUACAUUCGGCAUUGGAUCAUUUAUUUAUAUAAUUUUGUCGAGAGAUGUCCGAUAAUAUCAUCAAAUAAUUAAAUUAAUCAUUAAAUCAUGAAUUCAAUAAUUACUGAGAUGAUUAAAAAAAAUUGAAUCUACUAAAUAUUCAAUUAAAUAAUUACAUUUAAUUAAUUCCCAAUUAAAAUAUUUAACUGCACAUUCAGCAUUAGAUCGUUUAUUUAUAUAAUAUUUUCUAGAGAUGGCCGAUAUUAUCAUCAAAUAAUUAAAUUAAUCAUUAAAUCAUGAAUUAAAUAAUUAAUGAAAUAAUUAAAUUUGAAAUUAUUAAAUGAUUAAUUAAAUAAUUACAUGUGAUUAAUUCACAAUUUAAAUAUUUAACUGCACAUUCAGCAUUAUAUAAUUUAUUUAUAUAAUUUUUUUAGAGAUGUCCAAUAAUAUCAUCAAAUAAUUCAAUUAAUCAUUAAAUCAUCAAUUAAAUAAUUACUGACAUGAUUAAAAAAUGUGAAAUUAUUAAAUGACUAAUGAAAUAAUUACAUGUAAUUGAUUCACAAUUUAAAUAUUUAACUGCACAUUCAACAUUAGAUCAUUUAUUUAUAUAAUUUUUUUCUGGAGUUGUCCGAUUAUAUCGGGCUGCCGAUAUUAUCGGCCGACAAAUGCUUUAAAAUGUAAUAAUCGGAAAUUAUCAGUAUCGGUUUCAAAAAAGGACAAUUUACGACUUUUUAAAAGCGCCGCUGUACGGAGGGAGAAGCACAGAGCAGUUGAGUCCCCCAAUCAUACUUGCCAACCCUUCCGAAUUUCAGCGCCCAUCCUGAAAAUCUCCCGGGGCAACCAUUCUCCAGAAUUUCACCCAAUUUCCACCCAGAAGACAAUAUGGGGGGCGUGCCUUAAAGGCACUGCCUUUACGUGCCAGUCCUAUGGCUUUUCACACACUUAAAUAAAUGCAAUGCAUACUUAGUCCACAGCCAUACAUGUCACACUGAUGGUGGCCGUAUAAACAACUUUAACACUGCUACAAAUAAACGCCACACUGUGAACCCACACCAAACAAGAAUGAUAAACACAUUUUGGGAGAACAUCCGCACCGUAACAUAACAGAACAAAUACCCAGAACCCCUUGCAGCACUAACUUUUCCAGGACGCUACAAUAUACACCCCCCUGCUAUCCCAAAACCCCGCCCACCUCAACCUCACAUGCUCUGUCCCAAAAUUCCAAGCUGCUGUUUUGAGACAUGUUAAAAACAAAUAAUGCACUUUGUAAAUUCAAUAAUAAAUAUGGCCGUGCCAUGUUGGCAUUUUUUUCCCCAUAACUUGAGUUGAUCUAUUUUGGAAAACCUUGUUACAUUGUUUAAUGCAUCCAGCUGGGCAUCACAACAAAAUCAGGCAUAACAAUGUGUUAAUUCCAUGACUGUAUAUAUCGGUAUCGGUUGAUAUCGGAAUCGGUAAUUAAGAGUUGGACAAUAUCGGAUAUCGGCAAAAAAGCCAUUAUCGGACAUCUCUAGUCCACACUCGUUUAAAAUACAUUUGGUUGCGCCCUGGCCAUUAUGCAACCAGUGCGCCAGAGAAUAGGACGAUGCAGGGAUUGGUGUUGCCAACUUAGCGACAUUGUCCAUAUGUUAAGACCCUCUAAAACAGGAGUGUCCAAACUUUUUCCACUGAGGGCCAAAUUAAAGGAUGCUGGGGCCACACCUACUCAGUGGCCUCGUGGUUAGAGUGUCAGUGUUGUGAGUUCAAACCCCGGCUGAGUCAUACCAAAGACGAUAAAAAUGGGACCCAUUACCUCCCUGCUUGGCACCUAGCAUCAAGGGGUUGGAAUUGGAGGUUAAAUCAACCAAAAAUUAUUCCCGGGUGUGGCCACAGCUGCUGCUCACUGCUCCCCUCACCUCCCAGGGGAUGGGUCAAAUGCAUAGGACAAAUUUCACCACACUUAGUGUGUGUGUGUGUGUGACAAUCAUUAGUAACAUUAACUUUAACAUAUUGGUAGUUUUUACCUUUAAAAUCAGUAAAAAAAAAAAAAAAAAAAAUAUAUAUAUAUAUAUAUAUAUAUAUAUAUUCAUUUUUCCCCCCAAAAUUAUCAAAUGCAAUAAAAGUACAAAUUUAAUGCGAAUAGUGUGCAGAGCCAAAGAUGAACUAAAAUGCUAAAAGUUAGCACGGUGGCCAGUUCCAUCCCCUUGGGGGGUUUGACAGACAAAAUUGAGAUUCACUGCCCUUUACGCUCAAGUAGAUGUUUAUAGUAGUUAUAAUACUAAAAUAUGAAAAUAGAUUUUUUCAAACCUGACAGUACAUGAAGCAAAGCCAGGGAACAAUUUUCUUCACUUUUAAUCUCUGCAGGUGUCCCAAUACUUUUGCCGGUACGGUGUACCACUAAAACCCUCUGUCACCAAACAGCAACACCAACCACAAUAACAACAGCAACAACAACAGAAAAACAAAUCCGACAAUAACACCACCACCAACAAUUAAAAAAAACAGCAACACUGACAACAACACCACCAACAACAGCAACAGCGACAGCAAAAACAUCACAAACAACAAAAAACAGCAACACCGACAAAAAAACAACAACAGCACCACUGACAACAACAGCAACACCGACGACAAGAACAGCAUCACCAACAACAAGAACAGCAACAACAGCAACACUGACAACAAAUACAGCGACAACAACAACACCAAAAUCAACAACAGCAACAUCGACAACAACAGCAACACCGACGACGAAAACAACAACAGCAACACCAACAAUAUUAACACCAUCAACAAUAAAAAAACAGCAACAAUGACAACACCAACAACAACAGCAACACCGACAACAAAAACAUCACAGACAACAACAAAAAAGAGCAGCACUGAAAACAAAAACAACACCAGUAACAACAGCAUUACUUACAACAAAAACAGAAACACCAACAACAGUAACACUGACAACAGCAACAACAACACCGACAAAACAGCAACACUGAUAACAACAAAAGCAACACAGACGACAACAACAGCAUGACCAACAACAAGAACAGCAACAACAGCAACACUGACAACAAAUACAGCAACAACAACAGCAACAUCGACAACAACAACAGUAACACCGACGACAAAAACGACAACAGCAACACCGACCACAAAAACAACAGCAACGACAACAACAAAAGCAAAACCAAUAAUAUUAACAACACCAUCAACAAUAAAAAAGCAACAAUGGCAACAUAAACAACAACAAAACCGACAACGGCAUCACCAACAACAAGAACAGCAACAACAACAACACUGACAACAAAUACAGCAACAUCAAAAGCAACAUCGACAACAACAAUAGCAACACGGACAACAAGACCAACGCCUAAAACUCUGGCAACAACAACAACACAGGUGACAAAAACGACGACAACAGAAACGACAACAACAAAAGCAAAACCAACAAUAUUAACAACACCAUCAACAAUAAAAAAACAGCAACAAUGACAACACCAACAACAACAGCAACACAGGCAACAACAGCAACGCCGAAAACAAAAACAUCACAGACAACAACAAAAAACAGCAACACUGAAAACAAAAACAACAACAGCAACAUUGAUAAAAAAUAGCAACACCCACAACAGCAAAACUGACAACAACAACACCGACCACAACAGCAACACCGAUAACAACAACAGCAACACCGACGGCAACAACGGCAUCACCAACAACAGCAACACUGACAACAAAUAUAGCAAGACGGAUAACAACAACACUGACAACAAAAACAACAACAGCAACAUUGAUAACAAUAACAGUAACGCCAACAACAGCAACACUGACACCAACAACAGCUACACCGACAACAACAGCUACACAUGCAACACUAACAGCAGUAACACCGACAACAACAACAGCAAAACAGACAGCAACAACAACACUGAAAACAACACGAACAGCAAUAACAACAUUAAAACCAGCAACUCCAACAGCAAAAACAACACCGACAACAAAAACAGCACAAACAAUAAGAGAAACACUGAUAACAGCAACACCAACGACAACAACAGCAACACCGACAACAAAAACAUCACAGACAACAGAAAACAGCAACA